AUGGAAUACGAAACUAUCGGUCGUAUCGAAUAUUUGAGUAUAUAAUCACCAUCGGUGACUACUAACACAAACGACCGAAUUGUUCGCAACGCCUACUUCGAUUACAAGUACUUUGCUCUUGGAAAUCGGUAGAGAAAAUUGUGCAAUUCGUGCUGGAAACUACACAUAUUAUUUUCGUCCGAUUAAUUCAAGUUAAAUUAAUUGUUUUAUUUUAUACCGUUGGUUCCGCCCCGCGCUGACAGUGUGUGCGUGCGUGUGAAGAGACAAAGGAAUUUGAGGUUAAGCUGCAGACGAAUUUUGCGUUAAUGUCGCCGAAAAACCAACGUUUACCAAUCCUAUUCCAUAGAAAACACUUACAGUAAAGAUACAGUCAAUUUACAGUUGCAAUAAGAGCAAUAGUUGUGCAGUGAAAGAAACACACACAAUUGCAUUCGUGGAAAUCGUGUCGGUGUGAGUCUCGCGGUGCGUCUGUGUGUGCGUGUGGACGUGAAUUCAAUUUUCUCGUGCACGAAAAGCAACGAAAAAGCUUCAAAGUUAUACUCAAAUGUGUAUGGCAAUUGUGUUGGUUAGACCUGUUCCCACAUCUAUGGAGUUUCAUCUAGACAGUGCAGAAUACUGCCAGGCACAGCACAAAUAAAAAGUAAGCAAUACUACAAAAAGGCGGAGAUAGCCUAAGUGAACACGGUCACCUCUUCGAAAGUCGACAUCGAUAAGUGGUGUGGAUACGACCAUCAUCAUACCGUCAACGGAUCAGCUGACAUCGCGACAGCAGCGGCCCCAAUUAGCCAAAGACUGUCAAUCUGUGGUAGAGAACGAGGAAAACUAAAUUUUGAAGCAUCGUGGUGAUCACAGAAUUUAUCACAGGAAGGGAAAUAUUUAAAUUUUUAUCAACGAAACCUAACAAAAAACCUGAGCCCAAAUCAUUUUUGUUAGCUUAAAAUACGUGGGACACUUAACGGGGAACCAUUUUUCAGUCAAAGAAAGUUGAUUGAUUUUCUUUGUGAUAGCAGAAAAAUCCAUAAUUGUACUUAAUUGAAAACAGAACUAAUUUUACUUAAACGAUACUUAAUCUAGGUUUGUGUUUUGGUAUAAAACAUUUAAUAUACGAUACGAAAAAGAGUUAAUUAUAUUUAUAUUUAUUUUUUAUACAUAACUCUAACUUAAACAAGAUUCAAUUGUAAGCCUCUAACACGCUGAAUUUUUAAUCUAGAAAUCAAAAUACUUCCGUUUAAAAACCAAUCAAAUCUUUGUGAAACCGAAACAAAAACCACACCUCAAGAUUGUAAGAAAAUAACAGACUUUACUUAAGUGCACACGAGCCAGAUUAAGUCCUUCAGAACAGCUUUUGUAAUUGUUUAUGAGCAUCACCAUGCGUCAAAAAGAUCUGCGCCCAGCCCCCGCUCUAAUUGAGUACAAGGGCAUGAAGUUCCUAAUCACCGAUCGACCAUCAGACAUAACCAUUAAUCACUACAUUAUGGAGCUAAAGAAGAACAAUGUCAACACUGUGGUGCGCGUGUGCGAGCCUAGCUAUAAUACCGACGAGCUCGAGACACAAGGUAUUACUGUCAAGGACCUGGCCUUUGAGGAUGGCACCUUCCCGCCUCAGCAAGUCGUUGACGAGUGGUUUGAGGUCUUAAAGGAUAAAUAUCAACAAAAUCCAGAGGCUUGCGUUGCUGUUCAUUGUGUGGCUGGUCUGGGACGAGCUCCCGUCCUUGUUGCCUUGGCACUGAUUGAAUUGGGCUUAAAGUAUGAGGCAGCAGUGGAAAUGAUUAGAGAUAAACGACGUGGAGCCAUUAAUGCCAAGCAGCUGUCCUUUUUGGAAAAAUACAAGCCAAAGGCGAGACUAAAGCACAAAAAUGGUCAUAAGAAUUCAUGUUCUGUGCAAUAGAUUUCCAACACCAUAUGUAUAUUCCCACCAGACAAAAAGUGUUCAUUUUUUCAAAAACAAAAAAAAAUGCAAGCGGGUAGAACAGCGCGUACACAAAUAUGAAUUGAUAGGCAGCAAUCCGAAAACCAAGUACCACAGAGAACCCAAAAAUAUGGACGGAGAAAUUGAGUUACAGCCCCAGUUAUUACUAAACCUCAAAUCUCAAAUUGAAAUGUAUUGGCAACAGUUGUGUAAUUUGUAUGUAUUAAUUAAUGUAAUUUAUUGUUAUUUUACAAUUCGAUUCCGCCACCCCACACCAAGCAAAAAUGUUGUACCUACAGCAUAUAUAAACAGACUUAUACGCAUAUAUUUCAUUAUGAACGGCCCGAUUACCCCAUUAAAUGGUUGUAGAGGGCUUGUCAAAGUAGUUAAAACAUAAACAACAUGCUUAAAUGUAAAAUCUAACAACAGCAAUAAAAGCACAUUAAUAAAUCAAAUCUUCAGGAUCUAAGUAAGAGAAAGGUGCACGGAAAGGAUAAAAUCAACUUGACAUUUAUUUUCUAAAACGGAAAAAUGUACUUAAUCGCAUAUUAGUUUGGAGCUCAGCACUCAAAAAUCUGCAUUAUUUAUAUUUUGUUGAUUACUUUCCUUUCGCUGCGUCCAUUUCUAGCUAUCAACGAAUGAAGGCGUAUAUCUAAAUACAUGUUUAGGUUUUAUCUUUAAACAGUAAAAAUACAUUUAUUUAUAUUAGAGCCUUCUUUUUAUAUGCAAACACCUUGCUUAUUUGACACUACAAUACCAAUCAGCCUCUCACAUAUAUGCAUUAGUUCUACGUGUGUAUGUGUGAUUCAAAGAUAUAUAUCUAUACAUAUAAUUAUGUAUGUAUUAUAGAACUACAAAGUUUUACAUUAAUGACUACAUACAUUCAAACUCAAGAAUUGCAAGCAGUAAAGCAGCAAAUUAAAGAAAUAUUUCAAACCAGCAGCAGAAAAAAAUAAAAUAAAAAUUGAGAAAAUGAACAUGCAAAAAAAAAUUUAACUUUAUUGUAAACAACAAACUAACAAAUUAUAUUGUGUGAAAUGGAGACGAU